GUCCUGGGCACUAUAGGGGUGAGCUACCUCCUCACCGUCGCCUACCUCCGCAACCAACGCAAGCACCAAAAACACCAACAAUACGACCACAAGUCCCUCUCCGAACUCACCCUCGCGCAAGCCCAAGAAAUCCAACUCUACAUUUUCGAACUCGAGUUUCCCUUUCUGGCGCAAAAGGCUCUCGAGUUUGCGCUAUUUCGCACCUAUGGCAUUCCUUCCAUUUCCUCUCUGCUCAUGCAGACCAAGCAGUUGUCUACCAAACAACAUGCGUCAAAGAGGAUGGUGGAUACAGCUAUCCUCAUGAUGGAAGUCAUCAUCAAUCCGCCCGCCAGCGAUAGAUCUGCGGAAGCGCUGGCCAGGACGAAUUUCUUGCAUAGUUUGUAUGGAGGCAAGAUUUCGAAUGAGGAUUUGCUGUACACGCUUUCUCUGUUCUUGUUGGAACCUAUCCGCUGGAUUGAGAGGUUUGAGUGGAGACAGUUGACAGAGAUGGAAAUUGCAGCUAUGGGGUUGUUUUGGCUCAAAGUUGGUCAAGGCAUGAGGAUUGAUUUUUCUUGCUUACCGGGAGAGAAGAGUGGGUGGAAGGAUGGAUUGCAGUUUACUCGCGAGUUGGAGGCGUGGUGUGAUGAGUAUGAGGAAAAGUAUAUGGUGCCGGCGCAGAGUAACAAGGAUACUGCGGAUUGUACGACCGAGUUGUUGUUGUAUGCUGUUCCUGCUGCUUAUAAAGAUGCUGGCAGGAGGGUUGUCAGUGCACUGAUGGACAAGCGGUUGAGGAGAGCUAUGCUCAAUGUUGCAAUGGCUAGUCGACGCAGGUCUUGCCACUCGCAAGUUGCUCUUACGCCACUUCACUCUCCCAAGGCCAUUGGCAUGGCGCAAGCAAAUUAUCGCGAAUACCGUCAACGAAAACGGCAAAAUCUACAAACAGAUCUGGGAUCAAGAGCCUUGCCCAGCUUCGCAAACCGCUGGUGUCUGCAAUCAUGGACAGACUGGCUGGCAGGAAGACCCAUUCCUGGCGAUGAAGGCGACAAGUACUUUCCUCAAGGUUUCAAGUCUUCAGUCAUGGGUCCUGCAUUCUUGGCCGGCAAAGGACUUGCACAGGCCGAGAAGGACGAGGAGCAGAUUCGAGAGACCAUGAGACCUGGUGUCACGAUAGCUGGC